UUCAAUUUGACACUUGUGUAUUGUCUUGUCAGCCUGUCAGCCACCUGCUAUGUAUUUGGGUGUUUUUCUGACCCCUUGGGAUACCAAAACUCGUGAAAAUAAACAACACAAUAUUUGUUUUGAUAACGAUAGUACAGUUCCAAUCUUUAAUCAAAUGUUUUCCGCCAAGUUCAGUUGAUCGUGUAAAGUGAUGCGAAAAUCGACUAGGUUAAGUGGUUCAGUGAUAUUCUGAUUAAGCUCCUGCCUGAAAUAAGUCAAAUGUCAACUAGUGGUAUUCCGAUAUAAAUUAGUUGAUAAUGGAAUCGUUCAGGGUAAGAUCAUUGUACGAUUUCACCGGUGAACCAAACACAGCAGAGUUGUCAAUCUCAGCUGGUCAAAUCCUGACAGUAAUCAGGACUGAUGUUGGUGAGGGUUGGUGGGAAGGAAUCAACGAAAAUGGUCGUUCAGGACUCUUCCCUCAAGCUUACGUGGAAAGAAUUGAUUUCACCCAACCCCCUGUGGCUCCUCCACCGACGUUACCACCUCCAAACAAUGCAGGUUGGACUGGGGCAACACAACCGACUCCGGUUCAAGGAACAGCCCCACAAGAAGACGACUGGGAUGAUGACUGGGAUAACGAUGAGACUUAUAGUGAAAUUGGCGGUAUGAACGCAGCCCCCAUUGAGAAUAUUUAUAGCAACGAAAGGAAUUUGAACUUUAAUAAUGUACCAUCGGAUUAUUCCGGUGAAAGUAGCUUGAAUAUGGAUGGUAAAGGCUCGGUUACAAAGAAGAGUUUAAAUAGGUUUUCCUCAUACGUAAAGUCUGGUUUGGAAAGUUAUAUAUUAGGAACCGUAAAUCCCACACCAAACUGCUAUAAGAUAAGAAUAAGAAAAGAAAACGAGACAAUAAGAUGGGAUUUCGUAACGAACCCCUACACAGUGCAAAUCGCAUCUCCAAAGAAAGCCAGCAAAAUGGGCGGUCUAAAAUCCUUCAUCGCCUACCACGUGACCCCCUCUUUUUCGGGCAUCGAGGUAGCGAGAAGAUACAAACAUUUCGACUGGCUUCACGACCGUCUCAGGGCAAAGUACAACAUAAUCGCAAUACCUCCCCUGCCCGACAAACAAGUAUCCGGCAGGUACGAAGAGCAUUUCAUCGAGCAUCGGAGGAUGCAACUGCAGGAGUUCAUCAAUUACAUGUGCCGGCAUCCGGUUCUGUCGCAGAGCGAGGUCUGGCAUCAUUUCCUGACGUGCACGGAUGAGAAACAGUGGAAACAGGGUAAGAGGAACGCGGAGAGGGAUCAGAUGGUCGGGGCCAAUUUUUGCUUGCAAAUCGAAGCUCCCGACAAGGAAUUGUUGGCUUCGAAUGUGGAAGCGACGAUGGAUAUGAACAUAAAUAGUAUUAAUCAGAUCGAUCAGGCUCUGAAGGGGUUGAUGCAGACCGUUGUCGAUCAGCAGAAAAAGUGCUCCAAUAUGUAUAAGAGGGAAAUGCAGAAGGUCGGGGAGAGCUUCUUCGCCUUGGGUACGGCCUUUGAAUCGGCAGAGAAGGGGAUGUUCUCAGAUUUCACCACAGAUAUUAAAAGAAUGGGAUCGACUUACAUGACCAUCGGGAAACUGUUCGAGGAUCAGGCCAAAGUGGACUGGCAGUGCUUGGCCGAUAAACUGUACAUCUACAAGGGAAUCACGGGUUGCUACCCUGACAUCUUCUGUCUUCAGAGAUCGGCCGAACAGAAAAAGAGGGAGUGCGAGAGGAACGUUCAGGUGCAACAACCUCAAUUGUUGGAGAUCAGGAAGAGGACCGACGUUCUGACCUACGCGGUCUUCGCGGAAUUGGCGCACUUCCAUUCGGAGAAAGACGGUGAGAUCAAGCUGGCCAUGAAAACGUUCCUGCAGGAACAGGUUAACUUUUAUAAGAACAUCGUCAGUAAAUUGGAGGACACUUUGCAGCGUUUUCAAUGAAUCGGAUUAGUCACUUUGUUGAGUCGAUUGAAAAUACACAGUUCCUUCCAGAAUCAAUAUUUUUCCGAAAUCGAGGAGAAUUUGAAAAAUUUGUAUAUCCAUUUUAUUUUUCUUGAAUUUUCUUUGCGAAACUGCAAAUAUAAAAUCGUUACCCAGGAUGUCUAAGAAGAAGAAACUUUUAUAUUGUAUUUCGAACAUGCUCAACCUGGUUCAAGCGUGAAUACAUGGAUUUCGCAAGUUUGGCUGUGUUUAAAAGUAUUUCAUACCUUUUGUAUGUUGAGUAAUCCACCUGGUAUGUUCAUAUAUAUUUUCAUAAGUAUAUAUUAUACAUCCUACCGAUAUGUACAUUUUGUAAAAUUAUACCUAGAAUGAACUCAGAUUUAAAACGGUGAUCGUGAAAUUUGCUUCUGGUUUUUACUUUUUAUAUUUAUCGAUAAAAUGGAUUUAUUGAAUUGUUUUUGUUAUUGGGAAAAAUUGGAAAUUCAUUGCAUCAAUUUCAUUUCAGCUGCAGCUUUUAAAGUAAUAAUUAUUCUUCGUUUUCUCUAUUUUUUUUUUUGAAUAUUUUCAGUAAUAUUUGGGUUCAGCUUUAACAGAUUUUCUCUGGCAGUUUAUCGAAUGGAGAAACUUCGUCACUUAACCAAAGCUUUUAAUAUUCUUUGAUAUUUCUUAUUCCGUUUCCAGUCGUAUUGUGCUGCUGCUCAAAUGGGGUACUCUUAAUCCUUAAUUUACCAAACAUUUUUUAAGUGUUUCAGCUUUAUUGUUAUACGUGUAAUUAUCUGUAAUUUAUGAUGAACGUAAUGUAUUGGUUUUCCCAUCAAUUAAUUAUUACUUGUGCAUUUAGGCAAUUAUGUAAUUUUGUUGAAUAUGUAUAUUUUAUUGUACCUCAUAUUAUUUACUCUUUAUAAUUAUAUAAAAUAAAAGUUU